AUGGCCUCAAUAUUUUCGUUUCAAGAAGAGCCAACCCGAGUCUCGUCCCCAUGGCUGCAGGGAGUUGAGAGGAACGAUGGUGAAUCAUUCGCGGGGGCAGGCACAGCUAGAGGCGGAGAUCUAGAUGUCACGGCGCUCUCUCUUCGUAACGACACAACGACGGGACAGAAGGUCACUCGGUUGCAGGCUGAGCCGCAAGAAGGACCCGUUGAAUACAAACUCCACUUGCUACUUCGUCCCCGGCGCAAGUUCAGGUCCACCAGCACUGGCGCUCACAUUUCCGGCUCCAAGCAUUCUAGGUUCUCUGGAGAACGUCCAUCUCCUCGAAGUGUCUCGGACAAUAUCUUGUUGGAUUCGAAUCCCAGCUCUGGCUCCUCGACACCACCGACGGCUUCAACACAUCAGACCAGACAGCACAGACUGGAACAGCUCACGACCCAGCUUCUAUGGCGUCUGCAGCAGUCAUCGCCGUAUCAUACGUCUUCUGCUACCAACACUAUUCUUCCAUCGCUACCAGAGGCGCUUCCCGAACUGCAGGCGCCGCAGCAACCCGCCAAGCUUCUUCACGGACUGGAAGAGAGUCAGGGUGCACUUUACGAAAUAGGCGUAUCUGAUGAUGGCACGCUGGUCGGACUGGCGGAGGAUGAGAUGUCGGAAAGCUUGAACAAUCUUCGAGCCAUGGCAGCAUGUUUGGGCUGCACUGUUGAGGUCCUCCGCAAAGAAACUGUUGGUGAGUGCGAGUGGUUGGAAGAUGCCGUCAUUAGCAAGAAGGAGCGUAAAGUACGUCGUUCUGGAAGACUCGUGGUAGCUGAAGCCUUAAUCAAGCCGGUCUUGCCGUCGCAAAGUCCGGCAAUGACAGGCAUUGAAGUAGCCCGGAAUGGAAAGCCAGCGUCCGCCCUGCCAAGUGCGGAGGCGCUAGCUCCUUCUACCACAGAGCAGCUUCGCAUCACUUUGACGGGUCCGACUAUGUCAGGGAAAUCGACUCUACUUGGAACACUCACGACUUCGACACUCGACAAUGGCAGAGGGAAAAGCAGGUUAAGCAUGCUGAAGCAUCGUCACGAAAUUACUUCUGGCAUCACAAGCUCAGUCACGCAGGAGCUUCUGGGAUAUCAAGACGGGACAAAUGGAGAUGUUGAAGUGGUAAAUUACGCCACUGAAAACAUCGCAUCGUGGAUCGAUGUCCACGUGGCUGCUGGGGGGAGUCGACUUGUGUUCAUUUCCGACUCUGCAGGCCAUCCACGCUACAGACGUACUACCGUGAGAGGUCUGGUGGGAUGGGCACCCCACUGGACAUUGCUGUGCAUACCGGCCGAUGACACUGAAGAUGCGACUGGACGAGACGAUAGCACUAACACAUCCCAGCAGAUACUCGGGACCGCUGUGCCAGAUGUAGACCUGUCAGGCGCUCAGUUGGAUCUCUGCCUUCGUCUUGACCUCCCACUGGUCAUCGUCAUUACAAAGCUGGAUCUCGCCUCCCGCACAGGCUUGCGAGAAAGCCUGACAAAAGUCUUGGACGCUUUGAAAGCAGCGGGCAAGAAACCAGCAAUCCUUCCAAACAAGCCGGGGACGAUCGCUGAGGAGGACUUGCAAGUUGUGCAUGCGACCACACUCGAUGGAGCUUGUAAUGUUGUGGUACCACUACUGAGCGAUAUUCGCGAGACUGUACCCAUAGUUCUUACAAGCGCGGUCGACGGCACGGGCAUAAGUAACCUGCACGCCCUUUUACACGAGCUUCCGAUCCCUAAUAAGGCCGAAAACGGUACCGACGGAGCCGACAGCGGAUUGACUACUGUGUUUGACGUGGAAGAUGUGUACAGUAAGCCAGCAGAAGUGGACGGGCUCAUCGUUAGUGGGCGUCUUCGUUCAGGUCAGAUAAGCGUCGGAGAUAGCGCAUUCAUUGGUCCUUUCUCCGGUCACGACCACAACGAAGACUCCGAAGACUCAGAUGAGAGACCUUUGCGAAAGCCUGACUCGCAGCUGCCGACCUCGCGAUCUUUCCCCGGUGCACUGCGCGCAUCGCAUCUCGCACCUCCCUACUUUCAUCUACCAAAUCAAGAAUGGCGGCGAGUCACAGUGACGAGUAUCAGGAAUCUACGACUCCCGGUACAUUCGCUUCAUGCAGACGAAGUGGGAACUGUUGCUAUAACUGCUGAAGAGUCCAGCAAUGAGAGAACUUUACCACUCGCUCGAAUUCGAAAAGGUAUGGUGUUGGCUAUGUUGCAGCCUCUUGCAACGCGCACAUUCACCGCCAAGUUCAAGCGAGACGAUUUGGAAUCAUUGGCGGUCGGUAAUCAUGUGGUUGUGUACAUAUCCAGCGUGCGAGGGUCGGCGAAGGUGGUUUCUGCCCGUGCACCAGACUCGCCGCAAGAUGCACGUCCACUAGCAGAUCGAGGUCGGUCUGGUAGUGCGGAAUCUUUCAGCUUCGACGAUUUCGAGGGCAGUUUGGAUGGGCGGGGUUCCAAAGUUGCAGGCACUAUCACCGAUCCUGAGCUCUUGGUCACGCUGAGCUUUGACUUCUCGAAAGAAUUCGUCACGGUCGGUGAUCGGGUGUUGGUGAUGCCCGGAGGUGGCCCGGGACUUUAUGGCGGGCACGAGCGUGGAGAGCGCGGCCUUGCAGGGCUGGAUGGCUUUGUCGGGGAGAUUACUGAGGUGCGUGGGUGA